CUCUUAGUACGACCACAGCUUAGAUCUACUUUUUUUUACGCUUGUGAAAAUUGGAUUUGUGAAAUUAAUAUUAUCGAAAGCUAGAAUCUAGAUGUAGAAUUCAAGAUCAAAUCUAGAUCUAGACUAUAUCUUUAUCUACUCUAGAUUAAAUCUUGAUCUUAUAGUCUUGUAUUAUUGCUAUAUUUGGUGAAAAAUGUAUGGUCAGGAUGAGGAUAUGUAUGAUCAAGAUGAUGAGAGUGAUGAGAUUACCAUGGAUUUGUGGCAAGAAGCUUGUUGGAUUGUCAUCAGUUCAUAUUUUGAUGAAAAAGGCCUGGUCAGACAACAGCUUGAUUCAUUUGAUGAAUUUAUUCAAAUGUCUGUGCAAAGGAUUGUAGAGGAUGCACCCCCAAUAGACCUUCAAGCAGAAGCCCAACAUACUUCUGGAACAGUCGAAACACCACCUAGAUAUGUAUUGAAGUUUGAACAGAUUUACUUGUCUAAACCAACUCACUGGGAAAAAGAUGGUGCACCUAGUCCUAUGAUGCCAAAUGAAGCUCGAUUGCGUAAUUUAACGUACUCUGCCCCUUUGUAUGUGGACAUCACUAAAACUGUUAUCAAAGAAGGUGAAGAUCCAGUAGAAACAACUCAUCAAAAAACAUAUAUUGGCAAAAUUCCCAUCAUGCUUCGAUCAACAUACUGUCUGCUAAGUGGUCUUGCUGAUCGUGAUUUAACAGAGUUAAAUGAAUGUCCUUUGGAUCCUGGUGGUUAUUUUAUAAUUAAUGGCUCUGAAAAAGUUUUAAUUGCACAGGAAAAAAUGGCCACAAAUACAGUUUAUGUAUUUCAGCAGAAAGAUUCUAAAUAUGCAUUCAAAACAGAAAUUCGUUCUUGUCUUGAGCAUUCAUCUCGUCCUACUAGUACACUUUGGGUAAACAUGAUGGCACGUGGAGGUCAGGGAUCAAAAAAGAGUGCUAUAGGGCAACGUAUAAUUUCAAUUUUGCCAUACAUUAAACAAGAGAUUCCAAUCAUUAUUGUGUUCAGGGCAUUAGGAUUUGUGUCAGAUAGAGAUAUUUUGGAACAUAUUAUAUAUGACUUUGAUGAUCCAGAAAUGAUGGAAAUGGUAAAGCCAUCUUUAGAUGAGGCUUUUGUAAUACAAGAGCAAAAUGUAGCCCUAAAUUUUAUCGGAGCCAGAGGUGCUAAACCUGGUGUGACAAAAGAAAAAAGAAUCAAGUAUGCUAGAGAAAUUCUACAAAAAGAAAUGCUGCCUCAUGUUGGUGUGAGUGAGUUCUGUGAGACCAAAAAAGCUUACUUUCUGGGGUACAUGGUGCAUAGAUUACUAUUGGCUGCUCUUGGAAGACGUGAAGUAGAUGACAGAGAUCAUUAUGGCAAUAAAAGAUUGGAUUUAGCUGGUCCUCUAUUAGCUUUUCUCUUUAGAGGACUUUUUCGGAAUUUGAUGAAAGAAGUUCGUAUGUAUGCUCAGAAGUUCAUUGACAGAGGUAAAGAGUUCAAUAUGGAAUUAGCUAUUAAAACAAGAAUCAUUACUGAUGGUCUCAAGUACUCUUUGGCAACUGGGAAUUGGGGGGACCAAAAAAAGGCCCAUCAGGCUCGAGCUGGUGUUUCUCAGGUGCUAAACAGACUCACCUUUGCAUCUACUCUUUCACAUUUACGUCGACUCAAUUCCCCUAUUGGUAGAGAUGGCAAACUGGCACGCCCUAGACAGUUGCACAACACACAGUGGGGAAUGAUUUGUCCUGCUGAAACACCAGAAGGUGCAGCUGUUGGUCUUGUAAAGAACUUGGCAUUGAUGGCAUAUAUUUCUGUUGGUUCACAACCUUCACCUAUCCUUGAAUUCUUGGAGGAAUGGAGCAUGGAAAAUUUAGAAGAAGUUGCACCAUCUGCCAUUCAAGAUGCCACAAAAAUAUUUGUGAAUGGUUGUUGGGUCGGUAUUCAUAGAGAUCCUGAUCAUCUAAUGAGUACACUUCGAAAACUUAGGAGAGAAAUGGACGUCAUUGUUUCUGAGGUUUCAAUGAUCCGUGAUUUUGCUGACAGAGAGAUUCGCAUUUACACAGAUGCUGGUAGAAUCUGUCGACCUUUACUUAUUGUUGAGAAUCAAAAGAUGCUUUUGAAACAAAGUCACAUCAAACAGCUUAAACAAAGAGAAUUUAACAAUUAUAGCUGGCAAGACUUGGUGGCUAGUGGUGUGGUGGAAUACAUAGACCCGUUAGAAGAAGAAACCGUCAUGCUUGCAAUGACUCCUGCUGAUUUCAUGCAAGAUGGCAAGGAUGUCUCCUACUGUUCAACAUAUACACAUUGUGAAAUCCAUCCAGCUAUGAUUCUUGGAGUCUGUGCUUCCAUCAUUCCUUUCCCUGAUCACAACCAGUCACCUCGUAACACAUAUCAGUCUGCUAUGGGUAAACAAGCCAUGGGAGUGUACAUUACCAACUAUCACGUUAGAAUGGAUACAUUGGCUCAUGGAUUAUUUUAUCCCCAAAAACCACUUGUGACUACACGUUCAAUGGAGUAUCUCCGCUUUAGAGAGCUACCUGCUGGGAUUAAUUCAGUUGUUGCCAUUGCAUCAUACACUGGGUACAACCAGGAAGAUUCUGUCAUCCUCAAUGCUUCAGCUAUUGAAAGAGGUUAUUUCAGGUCUUUCUUCUUCCGGUCUUAUAAAGAUGCAGAGUCAAAGAAAGGUCUUGACCAGGAAGAAGUGUUUGAGAAGCCUAACAGGGAAACGUGCCAAGGAAUGAGGAUAGCCAUUUAUGACAAGCUAGAUGAAGAUGGCAUUAUAGCCCCAGGAACUCGUGUGUCAGGAGAUGAUGUUCUCAUUGGAAAAACUCUCACAUUGCCAGCAAAUGAUGAUGAACUGGAUAGUACUGCACGGAGAUUUAGCAAGAGAGAUGCCAGUGUUUUUAUGAGACGCAGUGAAACAGGCAUAGUUGAUCAGGUUAUGGUUACAAUAAACAAUGAAGGAUACAAAUUCUGCAAAAUUAGAGUGCGUACAGUGAAAACACCUCAAAUUGGAGACAAAUUUGCCAGUCGUCAUGGGCAAAAAGGAACAUGUGGCAUAACCUAUCGUCAAGAGGACAUGCCCUUCACAUGUGAAGGUAUUACACCUGAUAUCAUUAUCAACCCCCAUGCCAUUCCAUCUCGUAUGACAAUUGGUCACUUGAUUGAAUGCUUGCAAGGAAAAGUCGCAGCAAAUAAAGGAGAGAUUGGAGAUGCUACACCUUUCAAUGAUACAGUCAAUGUGCAGAAAAUAUCAAAGCUGCUACAGCGUUACAACUAUAACCUGAGAGGAAAUGAGGUUUUAUUUAAUGGAUUCACUGGUCGUAAACUGAAUGCGCAAGUUUUUCUGGGUCCAACCUACUAUCAAAGAUUGAAACACAUGGUGGAUGACAAAAUCCAUUCAAGAGCAAGAGGUCCUGUUCAGAUUUUAAAUCGUCAGCCUAUGGAGGGAAGAUCCAGAGAUGGUGGUCUUAGAUUUGGUGAAAUGGAACGUGACUGUCAAAUUGCUCAUGGUGCUGCACAGUUUUUGAGAGAACGCUUGUUUGAAGCUUCAGAUCCAUAUCGUGUUCACGUUUGCAAUCUCUGUGGGCUCAUUGCAAUAGCCAAUCUCCGCAACCAAACAUUUGAAUGCAGAUCUUGUAAAAACAAAACUCAAAUCUCUCAAAUUCGUAUUCCCUAUGCGUGUAAGCUUCUGUUUCAAGAACUUAUGGCAAUGAGUAUUGUUCCUAGAAUGAUGGUUACUGCCUAACAUCAGAAACAAUUAUCUCAUUUUAAAACCAUUUCAGUUUAUCAGUUUAAAUUCUUUUCUGAAUAAUCUUAAAGAUUUUUUGCCUUGUUAUUCUGUUUGCUUUUAUUCAUGCAUAUAAUUGUUUUUAAAAAAAAAAAGAUUGUUGAAUUAAUGUGUUGAGUAGAACAGUCUAUGACAUGACAUGAGCAUUAUUAUGCAUUACUUUUUUAUGAUUUUAUUGCAGUUUAAAACAAAACAAUCCAGUAGUGUUAAAAAGAAUUCGGAUGAAUGUUAUGAGUGAAUUACAUUUGAAACAUUGAUACAGUUUAGUUUGAGAUACAUUGUUUCAAAACUGGUUACACAUCUGACAUAUUCUUCUUUUUAAGUAUACUACAAGCAAAAUUAAAGAAAAAUUAACUCAAAACUUUUAACCAUAAAAUGAUGUAAACUACAAAAGAAAAAGCUGUGGUAUAAACAAAUAACAAAAUACACAUCUCAGUAUUGUUAAUACAGUUUAGCACAAUUUGGUAUCUGAAACUAAAACUAACUUUGGUCAAAUGUGUAGUGCAGUGAAAUCAUGCUUUAAUUAUGUUUGUUGUUACAAAUUGUUUCAAAUUGAAGGCACUCUUAUUAGAUGAUAGAGAUAAAAUAUCACAUUCUAAUAAUUUUAUUCAUUAAAAUACUGAUAACUUCAUGAUGAAUGUUUUGUUUGUUUCAAUUUGCAUUUAUUUUGUGCUUUUCAUUUAUAUACAUAUACUAUAGGACAUUACAGUUGUUUUUUAUGAUAAACUAUGUACUGUAUGUUAUUAAAAGUUUAGAAAUACGGGAUUGAAUAAAAUUCUUAGGAAUAAUUAGUACCUAAUCAGGUUUUUAAAAUUACUAAGCUUGAGCUCAUACUUCGGCUAAUGAAACUUGGUUAAUGAGGAAAUAUGUAAAAUAAUAAUAAUUCUUCUAAACUCAUUUGUUAAAAAUAUUUGUAAAGUAAACUGCAGGCAACUUGAUUUGAUCUGUUUAAUAAAGUAAAUUAAUUUG